CCGCCGUCCAGGCUGAUGCCCGCCCAGCUCCCUAGCCCCCCGGAAUGGAAUGAGUCUAUGCACUCUUUGCGGAUCAGCAUCGGGGCCCUUCCUGUGCUGGCGUCCAUGACCAAGGCUGCAGACCCCCGCUUCCGCCCUCGCUGGAGGGUCAUCCUGCCCUCCUUCCUGGGUGCCAUGGUAUUCUGGCUACUCUACGCCUACCGCCCGCCCCCCGGCAGGCUCCCCACGCCCAAUGCCCACGGCUGGCGGCUGGGCAUCCCACCCCGCUGCAAUGACACCUACCCGCUGUCGGCCCCGCAGCGGACACCGAGGGGCACACGCUACCGCAUCGCUGUGGUUGCCGACCUGGACAAGGCCUCCCGGGCGGCCCGGCAGGACACCUGGUUCAGUUACCUAAAGAAGGGCCACCUGACCCUGUCCGACAGUGGGGACUCGGUGACUGUGGAUUGGGACAAGGGCCACGUGGUGCUGGAGUCCCACCUGGCGGAGAAGGGCCGAGGCAUGGAGCUGUCGGAGCUGAUCGUCUUCAACGGGAAGCUCUACUCGGUGGAUGACCGUACCGGCGUGGUCUACCACAUCGACGGCACCACGGCCGUGCCCUGGCUCAUCCUGUCCGACGGUGAUGGCACCGUGGGCAAAGGCUUCAAGGCCGAGUGGCUGGCAGUGAAGGACGAGCACCUCUACGUGGGCGGCCUGGGCAAGGAGUGGACCACGGGCACCGGGGAGGUGGUGAAUGAGAAUCCUGAGUGGGUGAAAGUGGUGGACUGCGGCGGCAGCGUGCACCACGAAAACUGGGUGGCCAGCUACAACGCACUACGAGCAGCUGCGGGCAUCCGGCCGCCAGGCUACCUCAUCCACGAGUCGGCCUGCUGGAGUGACACCCUCCAGCGCUGGUUCUUUCUGCCACGCCGAGCCAGUCACGAGCGCUACAGCGAGCAAGCCGACGAGCGGCGGGGCACCAAUCUGCUGCUGCGUGCCACGCAGGACUUCCGUGGCAUCGACGUCAGCCGUGUGGGCGACCUGGUGCCCACGCACGGCUUCUCCUCCUUCAAGUUCGUGCCUAACACCGACGACCAAAUCAUUGUGGCCCUCAAGUCCCAGGAGGACGGCAGCACGGUGGCCACGUACAUCACAGCCUUCACCCUGGAUGGCCGCUUCCUGCUGCCCGAGACCAAGAUCGGCGACGUCAAGUACGAAGGCAUUGAGUUUAUCUGAACCCCGGGAUUGGCAGGGUGAAUGGACAGACGGAUAGAUAGGGACGGAUGGGUGCACAGAUGGACUGAUGGAUUCAUGGGACAGAGACAGAUGG